UCUUUUUUAUUUGAAUAUUCCUAUUAACUAAGCAAGAACCAAUGCUAUAGUUAUAAAUAUGUUUUUUUUUUUCAUUUUAUCAAACAUCCUUCAGGAUCGAACGGUACGUAUAUCGAGAAGAACGACCGGUUCAACUUAUCGUUGAUAAUAAUUAAAGAGUUUUUAGACACAUGCAACUAUAGAUGAUGUAUUUUACAUAAUUAUUCUUUUUUUUUUAUUGCUCAUCCCUAGGAUCUUUGGCAAGCCAAGGUAUGCUCUACACAUUGUGUCUCCUUUUAUUCCGUCGAUCAAAGAUUUUCUAGGUGAACUCGACAAUUGAUCUUUCUCAAAUAUUCUGACCGGCACGAGAUUGUACAACAUCGGUUUAAGUGAGAAGAUAAUAUAAUAUGUUUCAUCGUAUUGUCUUUCUUAGGAAGCUGUUAAAACCGGUUUGAGACAAGCGUCUGACGACGAGGUGGUCGAUGAGGUCGCGGUAGAAAUUUUAGACAAGUUACCAAACGAAUACGAUCUGAUCACCGCACUCGCCAAGUAUCCCACGCUGUAUAGUCAAAGCAUGAACACCGUACUGGUGCAAGAAAUGGACAGAUUCAAUAAAUUAUUACGCUGCAUCAAGGAAAGUCUCAACAAUGUGCGAAAAGCUAUCAAAGGUCAGAUUAUUAUGUCCUACGAACUUGAAGACAUUUAUCAGGCAAUCUUGAAGAACAAGAUACCCGUUCUGUGGAAACAAAACUCUUAUCCGUCUCUGAAGCCUCUGGGAAGUUACAUCACCGAUUUUCUACGACGUUUGGCAUUUUUACAGAAAUGGUACGACGAGGGACAGCCCGUUACAUUUUGGAUGCCGGGAUUUUACUUCACGCAAGCAUUUUUGACCGGAACGCUGCAGAAUUACGCGCGAAAAUAUUCUAUCCCGAUAGAUCUCCUCACGUUCGACUUCGUGAUCCUAAAGGAGACCACUUUCGAAUCCGCGCCCGAGGACGGCGUUUACAUUUACGGAUUAUUUUUGGACGGCGCGAGGUUCGACAUGAAGAACAUGUGCGUGGAAGAAAGCUUUCCUAAAGUGCUUUACGACAACAUGCCUUUUAUGUGGCUGAUACCGAUGAAGAGGCAGGAUAUUGAGGAAAGAAGAACAUACACCUGUCCGGUUUACAGGACCAGCGAACGUCGUGGGGUGUUGUCAACCACCGGUCACUCUACGAACUUCGUCAUCGGCAUGACGUUGCCUACGGUGAAACCGCCCGAGCACUGGAUCAUAAGAGGAGUAGCUAUGCUCUGUGCGCUCAGUGAAUAAAAACAAA